GAAAUAACGAAAUGAGUUGGUGACGUCAAACGUGAGGUCUCAGACAGCGAUAGAGAGAGAUAGAGGGAUAGAGAAGGAGAGAGAGAGAGAGAGAGGGAUAGAGAGGAGUGAGAGAGAGAGGGCGCAUAACAAACAUGGCGACAGGAUGGUCCGGAGGAAAGGGGAUCACGUUGACUUUUGCCUUGUUGCUGUGGCCCGGGGUGUGCGUGGGGGAAGCGGCGGCCGAGUCCGGAAGCGAGAGUCGCAUCCUGGGCAUGCGGCUGGAGCGAAGCGACAAACCCGCAGAGACAACCGCCGACGGGAUCGUACAGGUGACCGAGGAGAGCAACAUCCUCCUCAGGCUGUACGGCUUGCACAUCAGCAAUGACACCUGGACGCAGGUGAGGUUCGUGGAGGCCGGCGACCACGGUGACCACGGCGGCGACGGCGGCUCUCAGAGCGAGGACCGAUUCAACAAGACUUGCGUCGACUUCACCAAAGACGUUGUGGUCAAAGCCGGCGUGCAGGUGAACAGCCAGGGGACCUCGGGGGUUGUGGAAGUGAAAAUCAAGCUGCUGAGGAAAAGUGAGGCGCAGAAGGAUUACGCGAUGUGCAUCAGGAACGAGCAGGACUCCAGGUGGUACCUGCUUGGGGAGAACGAUGGAAAGAUACGUGUAGUGGAGGAAAAGUCGUCUUUGCUUCCCAUGUGGCUUCAGGUGAUCCUGAUCUGCUGCCUUCUGGUGUUCUCUGGAAUGUUCAGCGGACUCAACCUGGGUCUGAUGGCUCUGGAUCCCAUGGAGCUGCGCAUCGUCCAGAGCUGUGGCACAGACAAGGAGAAGAAGUAUGCAUGCAAGAUCGAGCCCAUUCGAAGAGAAGGGAACUACCUGUUAUGCUCGCUCCUUCUUGGAAACGUGCUGGUCAACACAACCCUGACCAUCCUUCUGGACGAUCUCAUAGGUUCAGGCAUUGGAGCGGUCGUGGCUUCCACUAUCGGCAUUGUCAUAUUUGGUGAGAUUGUUCCUCAAGCUCUGUGUUCUCGCCACGGCCUGGCGGUCGGUGCCAACACCAUCUUGCUCACCAAAUUCUUCAUGCUGGUCACCUUCCCACUCUCCUAUCCCAUCAGCAAGCUCCUAGACUGCGUUUUAGGUCAGGAGAUCGGCACCGUGUACAACCGCGAGAAGCUUGUCGGGAUGCUGAAGGUCACCGAGCCGUACAACGACCUGGUCAAAGAGGAGCUAAAUAUGAUCCAGGGCGCCCUGGAGCUCAGGACCAAAACGGUCGAGGAUGUCAUGACCCCUCUUACGAACUGUUUCAUGAUUCACAGCGAUGCCGUGUUGGACUUCAACACCAUGUCUGAAAUCAUGGAGAGCGGCUACACACGCAUCCCGGUGUACGAGGAAGAGCGCACGAAUAUCGUGGACAUCCUGUUCGUGAAGGACCUGGCCUUCGUGGAUCCAGACGACUGCACGACUCUGAAGACCAUCACCAAGUUUUAUAACCACCCUGUCCACUUUGUUUUCCAUGACACCAAGCUGGAUUCCAUGCUGGAGGAAUUUAAGAAAGGUAAAUCCCACCUGGCCAUCGUCCAGAAGGUGAAUAAUGAAGGUGAGGGAGAUCCAUUUUAUGAGGUGCUGGGAUUGGUGACUUUGGAAGACGUCAUUGAAGAGAUCAUCAAAUCCGAGAUCGUGGACGAGUCUGACCUUUACAUUGACAAUCGGACCAGGAAAAAGGUGGCGCCCAAUAAAAACAAGCGUGAUUUCUCUGCCUUCAAGCACGAAAGCGAAUCCAAAGUCAAAAUUUCUCCUCAGCUACUAUUGGCUGCCCACCGAUUCCUUGCAACAGAAGUGAAUUUAUUCUACCAAUCUCAGAUCUCUGAGAAGGUCCUGCUAAGGAUCUUAAGGCACCCCGAUGUUAUACAGGAGAUCAAAUUCAAUGAGAAUGACAAACGAUCACCUCAUCAUUACAUCUACCAGCGCAGCAAAGCCGUCGACUACUUCAUCCUCAUAUUACAGGGUCGUGUGGAGGUAGAGGCUGGCAGUGAGAAUAUGAAGUUUGAGACAGGGCCCUUUUCCUACUAUGGUGUCAUGGCACUUAAUGCUUCAUUAGCACUCCUCCCUUUCCUUACUCCCUCAGGGAAAGUUUCACGUCCUCGCCACCUCUCUCUCAUGAGGUGUUCUAUCUUCUCCCAUUUUCCAGAGCUCCGUUCACCGUCUCGCAUUAGCGGCCUAAACCGUUCAGCGUCUCUUAACCACACUGAUCGCUCAGAAUCUCAGUCCAUCAGUGGCAGCAACACACAGCUCAACAGCUCCUCGUCUGCGCAGUACAUUCCCGACUUCAACGUGCGAGCGCUGACAGACCUGCAGAUCGUCAAGAUCACUCGCUCGCAGUAUCAGAACGGUCUGAUAGCAUCUCGGUUGGACAACUCCCCCCAGUCUCCAGACAGCGGGCAGAUGCGUGAGGAGAACACCACGCCUGCAGAAUCUCAGCCUCCAUCCGACAUCACACUCGCAAUACCCAUGACGGACACGCCGCCGGACGAACACACGUCACUCCUAAACGAGCAGAACUGCUUGUCUACUCGCCAGGCCAAUCAAAGCUCACACAGCGAGAUCUGACGCUCACACACAACUUUCUAACAGCAUGCUUCAAGACUACCGUCAAAUACACUACUUUAUAUACACACACACACAAUUUCCAGCCUAAUUAAUCACACCGGCAGAUGUCUGAAUUUCAGACACAUAUAAUGCAUUUACCAUUCUGAUAGUCUACAAAUUUAAGCUGCCAAAAAGAAGGGUGAGAACUGGAGGAGGAAAAAAGAAUUCACAGCGUGAUUGCACUGAGAAGAUAAGUCCGGAUGAUUGAACGCCUGAACUGAGUAGUUUUUGGGAAUCUGGGCAUUUUAAAGAUUUUUUUUUUUUUUGAAUGGAAGAAUGCUUGUUUUUUUUAUGGAAAAAUGUCAUGGGGAAUUCUGUUGAAAUCCACUUUAGAUGACAUCAAAUUUACAUUUGUUGAAUAAACAGUGGAGAUGUGUUGAA